AUGCAAAACCGAGCUUCUCUUUCUAAGAUGAAGUUUUCUAUCACGGUUCCGGCGACGGCGAACGGCGGAGGAAAGGAGGGUUUGGCGGUCGUUUUCUUUGGAGUGGACGCGUUUUAUAGCCGCGGAGAGAUUUUGAGCAUUUUAAGCAUUAUUGGGGAUAUUUAUUUGAUUGAGUAUUUUCAUUUUAGUACCCUCAACUUUAUAGGUAACAAGGGAUGGAGCAUGUUCCACUUUUUUUAUGUUUAUGUUGAUGACUUUACAUUUCUAGUAGAGUGGUCUGUUGAUAAUGCUAAAAACAUUAUAGAAAAUUUUCAGAUACCGAUAUGGUAUGAUGUGAAAUUGAUAGCGGUGGCGUGGCUGGUGUUGCCACAGUUCAGAGGAGUUGCUUUCAUCUACAAUAAAUUUGUGAAGGAGAAGGUGAUUAAGAGAUACUACCCUAGGAUUGGAGGAGGAGAGCACAAAUCAUCGUCGUCGUCCCCAAACGGAAAGAUGAAGAACAAGCAUGCUAAUCUUAUGACCACUAAGAAAUCCAGUUGA